ACUUAAACUCUUUUUUCUGGUUGCUUAAGAGCCUCAACCGGCGUUUCUUGACAUAUUCAACUUUAUAUGGGUUUUAAAAGAGAUCGUCCGCUUUCAAUGGAAAAUGGUCAUGAGAGUAAGAUAAUGGUGAAUAUGGAAGGGCCAGUAGCAAGCCCAUCGUGCGUUGAAAAAGAGAGUCUUUUGAACCAUGUUCCUUGUAAGUUGCAGUCCACCUUGACUGCUUACUUUGAAACUAACAACCACAAGGGGUUACGUGAGCAAACGACCACCAAAUUUUUACACAACAAAGCCAAUUCUUCUUUAACAGCAAAAACAAGUGCGUGGCGUGUCUUAAGGAAGAAAGCUCCAAGCUCUGUAGCGACUGCGAGCGGGCGCUCUGUAAGGAAUGCUGCCGCUCUUGUUCUCUUUGCCAAAAGACAUUUUGCUCUACGUGCUCCUGUCUUAAUUACGAGCCCCGCCAAGUCACUGCCACUUGUUUGUCUUGCUUGUAAGGCGAAGCACUCUUCCGAACAUUCUAAAUAAAAAAUAUACUCA